AUGACUUCUAUGACACGAUCCUCGAUUACUGGACUUUAUCAUCCCAAACCUUCGAGAACGAGUUUUGGCUCACCAUCACCUAGUCUGUCUUUAUUAGAUCAUCCAAAUUCGGAAACGAAAACGUCAGCCGUACAUCGGCUCUUGUAUGCGGAUCAAUCCGGUGAAAUGAAUUCAUUGUCUAGUGUUGAUCUUACCAAAACAGCGUCGUCAACACUUGAACAAUCGGUCGUUCAAGCUCAACUUAAACGAGCUAUCUCGUGCAAUGAAGUAAUGGAAGCGAGUAUGAAGCGAUUACGAACUGAAACACAAAACACCAUCGACGAUCUGCGAGACAAAAACGAAACAUUGGAACGCUCUCUUCAUGAAGCAAAAAUCAAAAUAUCCGAUCUCGAACAUUUACUAGAGAAAUUGAAACAACCGACAAUCAAUUCAAAUGACACCGUUACUCCACUCUCGAUUUAUGAGCAACAAAUCAAUACAUUGCAAAACGACAAACUUGAACUGAAAUUGCAAUUGCAAAAUAGUGAAAAUUUACAUUCGAAAGAAGUGACUCAAUUGGAACAAACCAUCAAUGAAUUGAAGCAUAAACUAACCGACGUUGAAAGUCUAUUGAAAUUAAAUCAACUUGAACAAGACAAACUACAGAAUAUCAACAAAGAAACAAUGAAUCAAUCGAAUAAAAAAACGAAAGAGAUCGAAGAAUUGCAAAAACGUGUCAUUGAAUUGGAAUUAAUCGUUUCGACACGUCAUCGAACCAAUGUGAUUAAUCAAUCACUCGUUGAUGACGUCAAACGAAUUCAUGAUCUUCGAUACGAAAAUGAACAGUUGAAGAAAGAUAUUGAAUUGCUGAAAUUGAAAUGCAAUGAACGAGUUUUACAUGAUGAAGAACUUCGUACUUUACGUCAACAAGUCGAUAACGGUCAAAACUAUCGAGCAAUCAUCGCCAAACAAGAAGCAGAGAUUCUUAAACUUCGUGAACAUUUUGUAUAG